AUUGACUGGGCUAAACUGGGACGGUUUUCCGCCCCACCCAUCGUUAGUGUUAACGUUCGCUCGAAUGCGUUUUUUUGUGUGCAACCUGUUCAAAUUACACUCAUCGCUUCCCGACACCCGAUUUCCAGAUGCGUUUCGGAGUGUUACGUCCAUAAAAAUUGCCCCACAUUAUCGCACGACUAGUGCUGUUGCUUCUUUGUUUCAUGGUUAGCCAUAACCUGGAAAGCCAUACCUUCAACAUGGCCACCAUCGUUGCUAUUUAGUGCAUUUAAGUUCAAUUAAGCAGACCAGUACAUCAUGUUGCAAUGGCUUCUUCCAACAUUAUUUUAUAGUGACCCUUUCGCUACAUGCUUAGCAAUUGCCGCGUUUGCGAACUUAGGAAAUUUUCAAAUUUUUAGAAUUUUUUAUUUUUUUAUGAUUUUUUACUCUUUUUUUAAUUUUAAGCAUUGUUUGAGUGAAAAGAAACUUAGUGCAACAAUUUUGCAUUAAAAUAAAACAAAUUUUUAAAUUUUGCUAAAUUGCUCAAAAAAUGGCAAGGGGUAAGCCUUAUGAAAUUUUCGAGUUGAAAUUUUUUUUAAAUUUUUUUUCUGAUUUUUUAUUCUUUUUUUAAUUUAAAGCACUAUUUAAGUGAAAUGAAACUUAUUGCAACAAAUUCCCAUUAAAAUAUAUCACAUUUCUAAAUUUUGGUACAUUGGUGAAAAAUAAGGAAAAUUUUACAUUUUCUCAAACAGGGUAAGGAACUUGGUUCCUCGAAUAACUUCUGGCAGAGACAUCUGAGGGCAUGGCCGUCCAAGAAGAAAAUGUAGCCAUUGUUGCCAUCUAUCGACCACAGGUUAAAGAUUGGCGAUCCGUUGGAUAUAGACCGAGUUAUAGGCAAAACUUGGUGCAAAAAUGAGGAAAAUUUUACAUUUUCUCAAACAGGGUAAGGAACUUGGUUCCUCGAAUAUCUUCUGGCACAGACAUCUGAGGGCAUGGCCGUCCAAGAAGAAAAUGUAGCCAUUAGUGCCAUCUAUCGACCACAGGUUAAAGAUUGGCGAUCCGUUGGAUACCGACCGAGUUAUAGGCAAAAGUUGGUGCAAAAAUGAGGAAAAUUUUACAUUUUCUCAACAGGGUAUGGAACUUGGUUCCUCGAAUAUCUUCUGGCACAGACAUCUGAGGGCAUGGCCGUCCAAGAAGAAAAUGUAGCCAUUGUUGCCAUCUAUCGACCACAGGUUAAAGAUUGGCGAUCCGUUGAAUACCGACCGAGUUAUAGGCAAAAGUUGGUGCAAAAAUGAGGAAAAUUUUACAUUUUCUCAACAGGGUAUGGAAUUUGGUUCCUCGAAUAUCUUCUGGCACAGACAUCUGAGGGCAUGGCCAUCCAAGAAGAAAAUGUAGCCAUUGUUGCCAUCUAUCGACCACAGGUUAAAGAUUGGCGAUCCGUUGGAUACCGACCGAGUUAUAGGCAAAAGUUGGUGCCAAAAUGGGGAAAAUUUUACAUUUUCUCAACAGGGUAUGGAACUUGGUUCCUCGAAUAUCUUCUGGCACAGACAUCUGAGGGCAUGGCCGUCCAAGAAGAAAAUGUAGCCAUUGUUGCCAUCUAUCGACCACAGGUUAAAGAUUGGCGAUCCGUUGGAUACCGACCGAGUUAUAGGCAAAAGUUGGUGCAAAAAUGAGCCUUAAUAAAUUUUUUUUUUUUUGAAUUUUUUGAUUUUUUCAUUAUUUUUCACUCUUUUUUUUAUUUAAAACAUUAUUUGAGUGAAAAGUAACUCAUUGCAACCAAUUGGCAUCAAAAUAAAACAAUUUGAAUUUUUUUGCAAAAUUUCCCAAAAAAUCGUAAGGGGUAAGCCUUAUGAAAUUUUCAAGUUGAAAAUUUUUUAAAUUUUUUUUUCUGAUUUUUUAUUCUUUUUUUAAUUUAAAGCAUUAUUUGAGUGAAAAGAAACUUAUUGCAACAAAUUCCCAUUAAAAUAUAUCACAUUUAAAAAUUUUGCUAAAUUACUCAAAAAUGAGGAAAAUUUUACAUUUUCUCAAACAGGGUAAGGAACUUGGUUCCUCGAAUAACUUCUGGCACAGACAUCUGAGGGCAUGGCCGUCCAAGAAGAAAAUGUAGCCAUUGGUGCCAUCUAUCGACCACAGGUUAAAGAUUGACGAUUCGUUGGAUACCGAUCGAGUUAUAGGCAAAACUUGGUGCAAAAAUGAAGAAAAUUUAACAUUUUCUCAACAGGGUAUGGAACUUGGUUCCUCGAAUAUCUUCUGCCACAGACACCUGAGAGCAUGGCCGUCCAAGAAGAAAAUGUAGCCAUUGGUGCCAUCUAUCGAGCACAGUUUAAAGAUUGGCGAUCCGUUGUAUACCGACCAAGUUAUAGGCAAAACUUGGUGCAAAAAUGAGCCUUAUGAAAUUUUCAAAAUUUUUAUAUUUUUUUUAUUUUUUAUUAAUUUCUUAUUCUUUUAUUAUUUAAAGCAUUAUUUGAGUGAAGAGAAACUUAUUUCAACCAAUUGGCAUUAAAAUAAAUCAAUUUAUAAAUUUUUCUAAAUUUAUGCUAAAUGCCACUCAACCGAUCUAAUUUUUGAACUUGUAUUUGUUUACCUUGUUAUUGCCAGCAAAAUCGAUCUAUCGUGGCCCCUAGGAUAUCGACUAAACUUAGAUGGUGAGUAAACUACUAAACCACACGGCAGGACUGGCGUUCAAAUCCCAUCCGGACCACGUCCCCCCGUAGCAUGGACUGACUAUCCUGCUACGUGGUAAAAUAAGUCUUGAGACGGCCAGGCCGUUCUAACCGAGCAAGCAUAAAAUCCCAUACCAUAGUACUUAUGACUACUUUACCACUUAUGAGAGAAAAAUUAAAAAAAAUCUACUAAACCCCCAUUAAGCAGCAUGGUCACACCAGACGUACUGUUGUUCGGAACGUUCAAGUUCAAAAUCACUCUUCAGCAAAUGGUGUGGUUGUGAUCGAGCAUUAAAAUAACUCGGUUUAUCUGUCCCGCACGGCCAGAGCUAGCGUUAGUGCAUUUUCGGAAGCGGAAGACGCCGGUCGACUGUUCGAAGAUGAAGCUAACGAUCAUGCAGAGAGCGCCACUUAUGUUGAUGGCGAUGUUAAUGCUCACCGUUAUAGCCAGAUCUGAUCCCGUGCCCGGCGAGGUUACGCCGGUGCAGGACAUACGCGUGCUGCUGGAGGAUGUGAAAUCUCAUUUGAAUCGCUUCAAUUCGCAUUACCUUAUCAAUCUUGAGCAGCGCAUUGUGUCGCUGCUUACCACGAUGACUAGUUUGGAUGCAAACGUGAAAACAUUGCAAGAGAAGUCACAAAUUUGGGACGUGUUCCAACAUCACAUCGGUGCCUGGAGCGAGCACAUUAAAUCCGUUGACAACAAGCUGGACAUUUUGCGAAAAGCACACGAUACGCCAUCGCCUACGCUUGAGACGCGCCUCUCCAGUCUGGACUUUAAAGUCCAACAUAUCUUUGAAAAGGUCGACGUUAUUAAUGAGAAGCUGCACGAUAUCACGAAAACUGUGUAUGCACUAUCGAGCAGCAGUGCCAACAAUCGAGGACGGCGAAAUGAUCGUUUAGAAACAGCCGCAGAACAGGCGGCAAUACUGACCAAAAUUGGCCAUCUUCAAAAGCAAAUUAAUCGGAUCGAAAGUAAUGGCAACAGCUGUCAGAACAAAAACAAUGGUCAAGGAAACCGUGUCGGAGCAUCGACUAAACUUAGGAAGGAUGUUUCAGACUCCGAUGAAGAGAUGGAUGAGUUUUUGGACAAGCUGACGGCGAAAAAAUUGCGCGAAAUGGUUUCCAACCGCAAGCAAUGCCGAUCGUUGGACGCACUGACGGGUAUGGUGCGUUCGAUCGAGGAUCGCACAAUACGCAUCUACGAUUUGGAGGCGAACCAGUUCGAGCAAAUCCUGUCUUGCUGCCAGCGAACGAAUCAUGAGGUGGCCACGUUUACAAACAGUGCGGAUAUACUAUUGAAACGUAUCGAACACUUAGUGCUGGAUGUUGAUAGGAAAGUGGAAAAGCGAAACAAUUCACCCUGCACGCAGAAUGUGACUGAUGUCGAUCGAACUGUGCACCAUCCCAUUAUAUCUAGCACUGAGGCCAAAGAGGACGAAAGCUUAGAUGCUUCCGCACAUGUCGAUAUUGGAAGUGGUAGUGAAGGAACAAGUACUAAUGCGGACGACACUAUUGUAAGCUCGGGAACGAUUGAGCAACAGGAUGAAAUCAGUUUCCAUCAUCCGGACAAGGAUGGUUGCCAUCAGCUAUUGAAACGGAUCAGCGGUGUGUACACGUUUGCGGAGGUCGAGCUUAACGAGGCUAGACGGGAUUACAACAGACGGUACUGUGAGUUUUCCACGGAUGGUACGGCGUGGACGGUAAUCCAGCGCCGAAAUUUGUACGAUUUGCAAGAAAAUUUUAAUCGCUCCUGGAAUGAAUACAAGUUUGGUUUUGGGGAUCUUGGUUACGAGUUUUGGUUGGGAAACGAUUUCAUACACAGAUUAAGUUACGACGACAACGUUGAGCUGAGAGUUGAGCUGGAAGAUUUUGAGGGUAACAAAGCAUACGCAGAAUAUGGAGCGUUCCGAAUUGAAUCGGAAAAGUUUAACUACAAUAUUAUGAUUUCGGACUACCAUGGCAAUGCUUCGGAUGGUCUAGCAUACCACAAUGAUCAAGAUUUUAGCACCUACGAUCGAGCGAAUGAUAGAUCGGUUGACAGUUAUCCCUGUGCUCUUACCUUCGGAAGUGGCUGGUGGUUUAACAGAUGUGCGGCUUCGAAUUUGAAUGGAAAAUACUAUUUGGAGAACCCUCGCAAUCACAAAUCGACCGGCAUCCUAUGGGAAUCAUGGCUAGGAGAUUAUUCACUCAAAGCAGCAAAGAUGUUGAUUCGUCCGAAGGAUACAUGGAACAAAGAUGAGGACAUGGCGGAUAAUGAUGCACCGGUAGAUCCGUAAAGUGUCUCAUUCACAUAGCUAUUGCAUUAUUAUAUCCUCAAUCUGCUUGGAAGUUGGUGUUUACCAAAUAUAUUCUGUACUUUAAAUGCAACCAACACAGUCCUUUAAAGCGCUGAAUAUUCUUCUUUAACAUGCUUAUUUACCAAAAGUGAGAGUUAUUUACCA